UCGAACCAAUUUGCUUUUUAUGCUUUUGUGUUUGUUUAUUUUUGGAGCACAUCGUUUGCUAGUUCUUUCUUUUACACACUGUGUUUAAGCGUUUAACCGCUAUUUUGUAAUUCGGGUCUUUUCGUGCGGUGCGACUCGGAUAAACGCGCUUUUUAUAAAACAGUUGAGUUAGCUUGAGGGGAGAACACGUUGCGUGGCUCUUCGUCUUUUAGUCACUCGCAGAGUCAUUCUGCUAAUAUUAAGUGAGUCACUCGGACAACUGUCGCCAACUUUCGGCUUUGGGACCGUUUUAAGCAAAAAGCCUCUCACUCAGGCAGGACUUUAGACUCAGGAUGCUGUGUCACAAUCAGCAGCCGAACAGCGUCAACGGCAGUCAGGAACACCCCAUGAAACAGGUCCGCUUUGCAAGCAGCAGCAGUGCUGCAGCAGCCGUUCUGGACAACGAACAAAGUCACACCAGCAGCACAGAACCCGUCACCCAGGACAGCCUGGGACCUCAGCUCAAACUGCUCCCUCUCAACGACCAGAUCCGUGAAUUACAGACCAUCAUCAGAGACAAGACAACCAGCAGAGGGGAUUUUGUCUUUUGUGCUGAUCGACUGAUCAGACUAGUGGUUGAAGAGGGUUUGAAUCAGCUGCCGUACUCUGAGUGCACUGUGACCACACCAACAGGGUACAAGUAUGAAGGUGUCAAGUUUGAAAGAGGCAACUGUGGAGUCAGCAUUAUGAGGAGCGGUGAAGCCAUGGAGCAGGGUCUUCGGGACUGCUGCCGCUCCAUCCGCAUUGGCAAGAUCCUCAUCCAAAGUGAUGAAGAGACACAAAAAGCCAAGGUCUACUACGCCAAGUUCCCACCAGAUGUGUAUAGAAGAAAAGUACUGCUCAUGUACCCCAUCCUCAGUACCGGGAACACUGUGAUCGAAGCAGUGAAGGUGCUGAUAGAGCACGGAGUCCAGCCCAAGCACAUUAUCCUCCUCAGCCUCUUCUCCACACCGCACGGAGCCAAGUCUAUCAUCCAGGAGUUCCCAGACAUCACCAUUUUGACCACGGAGGUACAUCCUGUGGCUCCAACACAUUUUGGACAGAGGUACUUUGGCACAGACUAACCUCUGGACAACAUGAUCUACAAGCCUUUGUUUUUGUUUUGGCUGCUAAGUACCACGUUUCUCCAAGGAUUUAUGAGUUGACACAAAAUGAUUGUGGUAAUCUGUGUACGAGGUCUGUUAGAAAAGUAUCCGACCUUAUUAUUUUAAAAAAAAAACCAUAUGGAUUUGAAUCAUGUGAUUGCGUCAAACUUGAAC